UAUCAAUUGUAAAGCUUUCCGUCGGUUCGCGUUACCGCGCUGCCCUCUCCUUCCUACCUCACUUGCAUCACUCUAGCAAAGGGUGACGUCAUAACGCGGAUUUUCUGGCGACGUGACGUAACCCUCUUAGUACAUCAGGCUCCGAGGGUCGCUCUCUUCUUGGCAGAUGUUUUAGCCUUGGGCUACCAAACUGUUUAUACCCUUUAAGACCUGUUGCAUUAGUAUUGAUACCCUGCAGUCCCCUCACCCUCCAUUCCUCUGCCAUGUUGGAUUUCCAUUGACUUCUAUGCAUCCUAUUACCAGAUAUCGAUGUCUUCGGGAGGAUCCGUUCACCCGCCAUUCUCAGACCUGCGCUCUUUCCCACAGGUGGUCACCAUGGCGACGGAGCUGCUGCUCAACGACCUGGACACCAAGUUCUGUGCGGACAACCUGCUGACCAGCGAGGACUGGGAUACAGGCCUGUACAGUUACCCAGAUGUGGCAGACGACUAUGGCGACCUCUUUCCCUCCGGCUUCGGGUCUUAUCCACUGCACUUGUAUGACAGCCAGAUGGACAUCGAGUCUUGUUCGGCGUCCUCUUCUCUGGAUGAGAUCCACAGCGUCAACCUGUCAGAUCUCUUAGUUAAGACCGAGCCGGUGUCUCCUUUCUCUUCAUCGUCUUGUGAUUCCUCCUCUUCCUGUGAUGGUCUCUACGCACCAUCUCUAGGAGACUCUGGGACGUCUGUGAAGGUUGAGCUGCCACCAUCGCCACCUUGUACAAGCCUGGACCCUUCACCUGCUCCGUGCAGCGCUCUGCACAUAACCCUCCUUCCAGUGUCCACUACAGUCCCGCCUGGAUGUCUAACCAAGUCUAACAGUGUUGUAUCUAAGAAACCGGCCUUACAGCCAAGACCUACACCAGGGACCAAACCACCUGCAGCCCCCAGCAGCACCCGACAUGCCAUUAUCCUGCACCCAGUGACCAGUGCGCCUCCUCCUCCCAUUGUGCCAACUCUCACAGCCUCCCCGUCCAUAAUGGUGUCUCAACUUCUGACAGUGCAGAGUGGAGGAACUGUUACAUCUCCUGUUAAACAUGAAGCCAAGACCAUUGUGCCUGCCCCAACGACUGGCAAAAGCAGACAUACGGAGGUGGAUCCAAAACUCUUAAAGAGACAGCAGCGCAUGAUCAAAAACCGGGAAUCCGCUUGUCAGUCGCGGAGGAAGAAAAAGGAAUAUGUCCAGGGUCUGGAGGCAAGACUGCAGGAAAUGGAGAGACAGCUAGAGAUGGCUCGUCGAGAGAACAGAGAGCUAAGGGAAACUGUGCAGCAUCUAAUGAGGGAGAACUCAUCAUACCGCACCUCCACCAGCAGCCGGAAGGUCGUCUGCGUCAUGGUUGUUCUACUGUUCAUUGCAUUCAAUUAUGGGCCGACAAGUGUGACCCACAACAAUAUGCAAGAAGAGACAAUUAGGAGUCCAGAGGUUUCGUACAGUGGCCGUCACCUGCUGACCUUCAGUAAUAAAAGUGAUUCGCCUGAACCCCCGGCACUGCGGUUCUAUGCGCCACAUCCUGCCAGACGCAGAAGCCCUUUCAGUAACUCAACUGGGUCACUGGCAAACGUGAAGCACUUAAUGGUUCAUGACCUGGAUCAGCUCUUCCUCACCUCCGAUUGCAGACACUUCAACCGCACGGAGUCACUCCGAUUAGUGGACGAGCUCAGUCUGUGGGUUCGCAGGCAUCAAAACGAGAGGAAGACCGGAAAGCAGGUCCCGAAAAAACGCAAAAUAAAGAAGCCUCUGAUCAGGAGCAACGUGGCCUUCUCGGAUCUGGUACCGGCGCACACGUCCAGGCUCCAGCCUCACAGAUUGCAGAAUUCUCCGUUGCAGCUGUACGGUCCCAAGGAGCCCAGCGAUCACUUUCUAAUGGACGCCAUUGAACGCCGUGAAGACACGUUCUACGUGGUCUCCUUCCGCAGGGAUCACCUGCUCCUUCCAGCAAUAAGUCACAAUAAAACAUCCCGUCCUAAGAUGUCCCUGGUGAUGCCGGCCAUGUCCGUUAAUGACAGCGUAUACAAUAGCACGCAGGGGUACGAGACCAUGAUGCAGAUAGACUGCGAGGUGAUGGACACCAGGGUCAUCCAGAUCAAGUCCUCCACCGUCCCCCCCUCACUGCGAACGCCCCGGAAUCCCCCUCCACAGCAAGGGACAGCAAGUGGCAACCAGUCCCUGUAUCUACAGGGCCAAAACUCAAUGGAGGAUGGUCAGGACUGAGGCGGCAGUGCGAGGAAUUAGCCUUUUUAUACUGUAAAUAUGCGUGUGUGUAUAUAAGAAGACGUAUAGGCAGAAGUGUAAGUAAUUAUAUAAAUAUAUAUAUAUAUAUCUCCUAUAGUAAGGGAGGAUGCCUGUAGGCUUUAUACCAGUGGGAUGCAAUCUGUGGCUCUCCGGCUGCUGCAGAACUACAACUCCUAGCAUGCCCUAACAGCCAGCCUUUGUCAAGGCAUGCUGGGACUUUUUGUUUUGCAACAGCCGGAGAGGCAAAGGUUGCAGACCACUGCUUUAUACCAAUAUCCAAGCAUCUCUUGGAUCAUCAUUGGCUAUAAACGGCAGCUGUACAGUAAAGCCUCAUUCUCAAAUGAAUUUUUUAAAGGGAUAUUCCAAGAAAAACUCAUGAAGCCUAGUACAGGGAGCAGGGCAUGACACAAGGACUCUCUCUCUGUGUGAAUCCCUUUGUCAUGCUUCGCCCCCUUACACCCUGCAAAUGUGUCAUUUUAGCCCGGACUAUUCCUUUAAUGGUGGUACUGUGUAUUUUUGUGUUCUUUAACCACAUGAAGCUAAAGGGAAUAUUGAAGACAAAUGCACUUUUUUAUUUUUAUAAUUUUUUUUAUUGUUAUUGAAUUUAACAUAAUUUCCCCACAUAAAAGAAAAAAUCAAUUUCACUAAAAUAAAGAGAAUUUUGUGUGCGGUGUCUCCAAACCUGCUUUUAUGUGGACAGACCCCCCCCCCCCCCCCAUCACAUGGUACAGCCCAUAGCUAUCCAUGGACAGAAUAUGGCGCUGGGUAACGGAACAAGGAAGCGUCAUGUAGCCCAAGCCCCACCCACCACAAUUUCACGUGACUCCGCCGCAUGUCAUGUGACCCACUGUUCUCUGUACCAUGUAAACCUGUGAAAGAGCAGGUGUCAGGGGACCCCUGGGCUGCGUAACGCGGCAAGAGACGUGACCCAACGCCUUGCUUCCUCCACAGUGCUGCAGAACACCCAUCUAUGGGUUAUACCAGGGAUGCCCAACCUGCGGCGCACCAGUGGUUUUAAAACUUGGACAGCCUUCAGCUAUCGGGCCAUGCUGGGAGUUGCAGUUUUGCAACAGCUGGAGGGUUGCAGUUUGAGCAUCCCCUGGGUUCUACCAUUAUGCAGCGCAGAGAGGGGUCUGAGCUGCUCACAUAACAGCAGGUUUGUGGCCACUAUUGUUCAUGUAGAUACAUUCUGACCUUUUUAUGUAUUAAUAUUUAAUAACUGAAGUGAAAAAAAAUACUCUAAAUACCUUAAAAUAGCUGUCCCCCCCCCAACUGACCUCAUGUGGUGGUGACAUCAUCAGUCGCAGCUGGUGGUCACCACACCAUGGUUCUGCCAUCCAGAUCUAAUCCUGGAAGGAAACUCUGUCACUGUGUUUUUUUUUUUUGGGGGGGGGUGGAAUAUUGGCCUCGAGCGGGCAAACAUGAAGGAGAACGUAUUGUGGGAAUCAAUGGGAAAACUCCAGCAUCUGAUCAAAGACCCUUUAAAACUGACAGGAAACGACAUGGACAUAGGAAUGCCUACGCGUUUCAGGACUAACCGUAAUGACCCUCACUGAAGGCGUAAAAUCAUACAAAAAACCAAAUCAAUUUAAAGUUACAAAUGACCAAUGGUUGUUCACUACUGAAUCACAUGACACAGGAAUAGUCGUACUUGUACGAUACCAAAACGAAACCAUUGCACCUGCAUCAUUGACCCAUCUGGGUUAUCGAAUGGAGGAUUCCCCUUUUUUGUGUUUUAGAUGCUGGUCUCCUUGUACAUAUGUGUGCGUUUUCUGUGUGUGCGGGUAGACUUUCCGUCUGUAUAUAUGGGUGGACUUUAUUUAUAUUGCAUUGUGUGUACAUAUAAAUAAAAGUUAAAGCAGAACCCCACUCCAAACCAGGGAGCCAGCCUAUGCCUGCAGUUACAGGAGUUGU